AUGUGUAAAGUAAUCUCGAGUACAAUUUUAGUACUGUUCAACAUCCCACUUGUGAUUAUUGGUUUAGGACUUGUGGUUUUUGGUGCUUUAAUACGAUGGAAUGAAAAACUUUUGUAUGCAGCAUUUCUUCUAGUCAUAUUUUUGGCGCUGCUUGUGUUCACUAUUGUAUUUGGAACACGUAAACACUGGUUCCGUGAUGAGCUGGGUAUAAGUUAUAGAAGAUCAAUUACUAGUGAUUAUCAUAUGGACAAUAAUUUUCCACCAAACACCGGUUUUACUGUAUUUGUUAAUGAAAUUCAACGAAAGCAUAAAUGCUGUGGUUCUUUUGACUAUCGUGACUUCCAAGAUAAUGAAUCAUUCAAACGACAAAAUUAUAAGAUUCCAGCCUCUUGUUGUAAAGAUAUAAAAGACAAAGAAUGCUGGGAACGUCCAACAACACAGAAUAGUUAUAAAGACACUGGCUGUUUCGAGUUUCUAUGGUCAGCGGCACAACCAAGCUAUCGAAUUAUUCUUUAUAUCUUGAUUGGUCUGUUAUUACUUACGUUUACAUUCGCGGUUAUCUCUAUCUACCUGCUGACACGAUAUUCAAGGGAGAAAAUGCAAUUGUUGUAG